AUGGAAGGCUUAAUACGAACACUAACAGGCUCCCGCAACACCGGGCCGUCCCCGAACCGCAGUAGCCGCAACCGAAGCCGAUAUGGCGACAAACGCAACGGCGGCGGCGAAGAAAACCACCAUGGCCAGAUGGAAAUCAUCCUCGAGGCACUCGCACGGGGGCUGGUCGCAUACGCCGUGAAAAAGUACAUGAAGAAACUCAGCGGCGGCGAUGACAAGGAUGACCGACACUACAACGACCGACGUCUCAGUGCUCGAGGCAACAGCAACCACGACAGCGACGAGCGCGCCCGGGGCGGCGUCCCGAACAUGGACAUGGAGAUGCUGGAGCACCUGGGCAAGAACAUCCUCUCCAAAGCCGUGGACCGUUUCGGGGGCGGCGCGGACGAGGAGGACGGGCGCGAAGGGAUACGGGCCAGCGCAAAGAGUCGCGGGCGCGGGAAGAGGAGGGCGUACAGCCAGGACCGGUAUGCUCACUCACGCGAACGAUCACAAGACCGCUCCCCAGAGCGCCCCCACAGACGUGGUCACCAUGACGGCGGCGGCAGCGGUAGCAAGGACGAAGACCGCCAGCGGAGGCGACGACACAGCCCCCGCGACGGGCACUCUUCGCCAUCGAGGUACCGCCACGACGCCGACGCCGACGACGACAACGCCCACCGUCGCAGACGCAGGCACGGGACUGACUACGCCCCGCUCAUCGAGAGCCUGGAGACCCUGUCCAACACCAUCGUCUCCCUGAACGAGCGGCAGCCUGGCCACGCCGACUGCGAGUUCUACGAGGCGUUCGCGGAGCGUUCGGGCAAGACGCAGGAGGCGAUAGAGGCCGUGUUGGCGCGUCUCCGGGAGCGGGAGGAGAGGAGGCAGGAGAGGCGCGGCCGGUGGAGGGCUUGA